AUGUCGUCUUCCAUGUCUCCGAUCGACAACAAGACCGAGUCAUCUCCCAUUGGAAUCUCCGUCGUCGAGGUCAAUCCUUCGUUGAGCAGCCGCGACGGACCUGUGUCGGAUCCAAAUUUUGCGCCCCAAGAGCAAUGGCAACCGGGAUUCUGGAAGCGGUUUCCCUGGGUCGGGUUCGGAUGUCUCUUGAUGGUUGUCGUCUUCUCGACCGUUGCGAUUAUUAUUUUGAAAGUAACAAAUGACAGACCCGUCUCGUCAUGGCCGCAGAAGAUGCCCCCCAACGUCAUCUUGUCCGUGUGCAACAGCGGUACUAGCAUCUGUAUCGCCAUCGCCGUGGCACAGGGCAUUGCCGUGUCGUGGUGGAGGAGAGCAAUGAAAGGCGCGACAAUCGCGGAUCUGCAUAAUACUUGGGCCUUUGGUAGCAGUAUUGCUUCCGUGGUGUUGAACGUCAAGUAUUUCAACAUCGCUGCCCUUGCAGCCAUCGUCACGAAGAUUACAAUCAUCGACGGCAUCCUCUUCCAACGCUCCACCAGCACGUACGUCAGACUGGGACCUAACCGCGACGUCAACAUCACCACUUUUCCCACGCCACAGCUUCCAUUUACCGCCAAGCUGAAUGAGGCCGCUAAUGACACAAGCGUCUUGACCUUUGCGUUUACCAGUGAUGUUAUGAAUUGGGAUAGCUCUGCCUAUGGCCAGCCCUACCAACCUAAUGGAUUCACUGAGUGUCAGGGCAUUUGCAACCUCACCGUCCUUGCCCCCGGGUAUAUCGCUAAUUGUACCAACCAUCAUGCUCAAAUGCGAAGUGUGGAUCCGGUCGGCGAAGCUGCGGCACACGUUGGGCCUAACAAGACUCAUGCUAAUGUCGAGACCAUCCUCUUCAGUGUCAGUUUCAACACCACGUUUCCAACGGCGGCGAAGAAUUAUACUUGGAUCGGCCUCAACUUGACAUACAACGACGUGGACUCUGACGCUCCAGCGACGCAGAAAUGUCCUUUGAAGAUAUGGACAAAGCAAUGCGAGCUGAGAGAGGCGAUGUUAAAAUACCCCCUCUACCUGGAGUUCGCCAAUGGUACCACGACCUCACCCAACGACACGAACUCACAGACAACUGUUUAUUUUGGUAGCGUUGACCCGAUUGAUGGAACCCUGGACCCUGCCACCGGCGACUUUGACGACCACAAAGGCCAAAUCCCCGGAUUUGACUUCGAGCAUUGGAUUGCAGAAGCUACCGCCUGGAGGCCUACGAGUGGGGCGUUGACUCGCACUGGCGGUAUCGCUCGCGCAUUGUCAGAUCGCUACAAAAGCACCGCGACGUUAAACACAACAAGCAAUGACAAAGGUUCCUCCUAUUACCUCUCCACCACUGGGCAACUUUCCGGCACGGAAGAAUACGAAUACGGUACUGACGGAUGCCCUCUCAUAUUUGUUGAUCCAAUGACAGACAUCAUGGUUGGACUGAACACACUGACCUUCCUCACGGCACAAGAUCUAUAUAACCGCCCAACUUUCUUGGAUAAUCCCGAUGCGGAUUGGGAUGCAUACUCGAAUUCGAGCCGAGUUUUCGUCCCAGCGAGUGAGCGUAGACCCGAGGUCUAUUACCAGACAAAAUAUGGUUGGAUGUUUGGUGCCCUCGCAUCUACACUCGUUUGUGUCCUGUUGGUCCUGCCGUCAUACUGGGGAUUCUGGGAGCUGGGACGGAAGGUGACGCUGAACCCAAUCGAGGUGGCCAACGCCUUCCAGGCUCCUGCUUUCGCCCCGGCACACCCCCGGAGCGGCUUAGCUGAUGAUAUCGUGAAAGUGGCAGGAGAGCGAGUGGUGAGGUAUACUGUUGCCGAGGCCUCGGAGCGUGGGGGAGCUUAUAGGAUCGUCCCUCUAUGA